AUGGGCAAUUGCGGAAGGAACGGAGCGGUGAGGCAGUACAUAAGAUCCAAGGUCCCUCGCUUGAAGUGGACCCCUGAGCUCCACCACUGCUUCGUGCAUGCUAUCGAAAGGCUUGGCGGCCAAGAAAGUAAUCUCUCUCUCUCUCUCUCUCUCUCUCUCUCUCUCUCUCUCUCUCUCUCUCUCUCUCUCUCUCUCUCUCUCCCCUCCCCUCCCCUCUUUCCCUCUCUCUACCUCUCGAUUUCUUUCCGCCUUUCGCUAGAUCUCUCUUCCUCCAGCCUCAAGCAGGAGGUCUUACUCGUUGUUCGGUGAUUAUCCGAUUCCAGAGGCUACACCCAAGCUAGUUCUUCAGCUGAUGGAUGUUAGAGGGCUAACUAUCUCCCAUGUCAAGAGUCAUCUUCAGGUUCGUUUUCCAAUCGAAGCUGAGCAAUUCCUUAUUUCUGGAUCGUAUUUUUCUUGGCUUCAGCCGACACCAGUGUUUAUACUCACCUCAUCCAUUGACUUUGGUUGGUUUCUUGCUCUUCCGGUGUUCAUCAGAUGUACAGGAGCAUGAAGAACGAGACGAACAAGCAAGGUAAGAGAUUGCUUUCACUAGAUCCAUUACUGAGCCGUAAAGCAAUUCACAUGAUCGUUUCUUCCAGCUUAUCAACAGAUGGGGCCUUGAGCUUUUCCUCGUUGGGGUUUCUCCCAAUUAUUCUUCCAAUACUGUCCCGAACUUUUUUCAUGAAUAAAGCUGCAGAUUUCCUGAACCAAAAAAAAAGGAGUUUCUUACAUCUAGAAACCCGAGAAGUAAAGAACUAAAAUCUUUGCCAGAACCCAUUUUUUAUGUUGUGCCAUCUACCCUGAGCUUGCAAAACAGUCCCUCCAUGAAACCUAGAGAUUUACUGCACACCUUCACCGUGCUCUCCUCUUUGCGGUGUGUUUAGUCUAACGACCUCCUCUAUUGUGCGAUCAGAUUCACAUUCCGGUCAAGGGAGAAAGCAAUCUUCUGCCGACAGCGACGGUGCGCCAGAUGAGCAACACGAGGAAGGUUUCUUCACGUGCUUGAGCGCCCCCGAGUACCAGUUUCAGUCGAAGUACCACUCCCCACCCCCCCUGAAGAGGUCAGAAAGCAGCUACCCCCGUUCAAUCUACAGUCGUAAUUAUAGCACGUUAGACUUUUCAGCUCAUCUUAGCCUCUCUCUCUCUCUCUCGUCUUGCCCUUUUUCGCUUUGGCUUCCAAGGAGCUCAUCUUGGUCGUUUCCUUGUUGAUAGGGCUCGGCUGGAGACGACGAAGAUUCCAUUGCAAGUUGGGUUACGACGCGGCCAUGGAAUAUGUGGGGAGGUCGCAUCCCCUUACUGUUUCGAUGAAUAUCUGCGAGGAAGGGCAGAAGAAUGGGGAAUAAAGGAGAGCUUCAGAUGGCAGAAGGAAGAUGGGGAAGAUUUCCUACCGGACGACCACGUUCACCAGUUCCAUGCCUUGGAUUACCUGCUAGACGAAUCUGGUUCUUUCAAGGUACGCUACAUCAAUCUCUAACCCCGUAGCCAAUAAAUCUCUCUCUCUCUCUCUCUCGAUAUAUAUAUAUAUAUAUAUUUAUAUAUAUGUAUAUAUAUAUUAACGUUAGCAUUCUUACUGAUCGCGGAUAAUAAUGGCCGCCUGGUUCAACUGCAUGCAUAACGUACGUACCUUCGUGUUAGGUCACAUUCUCCCUCUCCGGUGUUGGUAUUUUUAUACAUUACGCCAGAUGGUAGGAAAAUAAAUGAAGAUGCGUCUAUUAAUGAAUCAUAAAUUAAGUUCAAUGACUGGGAAAUCGAGUUUGCUGUUCCUUUUAACGUCUGCGUGAAGAGUAAUUCCGGCAUGUUUGUUUUCUGUGCAAGUGUUCCAAGCAGGCUAAUGUUCAUUCAUCUGCUGCGUUUGUCCGAUGCAUGGUGUCCUCUUGUGUGUCGCAAUUAUGAACACAAUAAAUCUCGCCGUGGCCCGUGGGGUCAUGGAAACGUGCUUUUCCCUACAUUGAAUAACCUAACGUGGAGAUGAGCUCCGCGGCCUUUUGGCCAUGUCCUUCCCUGGAAGACGGUCCUUUGUUAACUGUCUCGUCACCGUGAAGUUGCUUAGGGCAUGCAGGAGUACUCUCUCUACUCCCUCCGCCUGCAGUCUGGCGCUUCUUUCUGGUUAAUCGUCUGCUGUGUUUGUCCGCAGAGGGUCUGGGAAGCGACCGAGAAGAAUAGUGAAUCGCACACGCAAGCGUCGUCCGGAGGAGGUUGGAAAUCGGAGGACGGAGAAGGCGCCGUUGACUGCUCUCUCUCCCUCUCCCUCCUGCAUCCCGGGGCCGGGAGAGGAGGUCGCGCGCCGUCGACGAGCGAUACCAGCGAAGUUCUCUCAGCCUCUUCGGGGAAGAACCACGGCGACUCCUGGGCCUGCUCGAAGGCAGGCAGACUUAACUUGAACCUCUCCAUGUCCAUAUGCAGCGGCGGGGCCUGA